AAAAUCUUAUUGCCUCUCUCAAAAACCAAACCAUGCAUGAAUCCGCCAUCGAAGGUGUUAAAGGUCAGGAACUGAACGGUUGUGAUGCGAUUCGAGAAAGCCGUAUUAGCAGGAUUGUGGUUGAGGGAUACGACACCUCCCUUCCUAGGGAAGAUGUCGAAAAGGCUUUGAGAAACCAUUUCGCUUCAUGUGGAAACAUAAUCCAUGUUUAUGUUCCCAUAAACGAUGAAAGUGAUAUUCCCAACAGAUUUUCCUUCAUUUAUGUUAAUGGAGAAGACGAAGAAAAGGCGUUGAGGCUUAAUGGAAGUGACAUGGGAGGAGGGAUUUUACAAAUUUAUGCUUACCCGUUUCACGAAAACUACCUUGAUGAUGUCUUGGCUACCAUGAAAGAAGGCCCAGGCCAUCGGCUACAACGCACGUUGGAAGUUACCGGAUAUGACCCUUCCCUUUCUAUGGAUGAUGUCGAGAGCAAGAUGUGUAAACAUUUCUCACCAGCUUCUGCUUUUGCUUACAGAACAUGUGGUGGUCUCAAAAGCACAGCUUUAGUUUAUGUCAUUGGAGAAGACGCUGUACAGAUGGCUCUGGAACUUAGUGGACGUUCUGUGGAUGGAAUGAACAUUGUAGUUACCCAGGUUUUGCCAAGAAAACCGAUUAAGUGUGGCUACUACACUAAUCCAUAUGGCCUGGCUCGUCAGAAGAAUAAGACUACGGAGUACAAAACGCUCUCUUCUUGGGGGACGAGAAGACAUGCUCUUUUGUGUUAUUAACUUGUGGUGCAAUGCAACAUUUUUCUUUUUUUUCGUCUGGAUGUUAAAUGUUAUGUUUCUUUUGUGUGUGUGGAUGUUUAUGAUAGACUCAAUAAUAUCAUUAUGUCAACUUGGUUAGCUAAA